UUCUAAAAUUUAUGUAAACAAAAAGAGGACAACACAAAAAGAUGUUUCAUCAAUGAAAGGAAAAUUCAAUUCACCGAGAUGGUUAAGACAUUUUCGUAUUUAUGGCUGUCAUUGAUGAUUGUCGCGGGUGCAAUAACAGACAGUCAUUGUUUCGGAGCGAAAUUGUCAAUGAAUAUACAACAAUCGGGUUUUCAUAGAACCGUGAAAUACAUAACUGUGUUCACCGAUCCUCCAGAGAAACCGUGCGAUUUUCAUUUAAGACAGGCUGUACCAUCUAGUGCGUACGUUAGUGUAGACCAACUGGACGAUUUAAGGCGAUUUGAUAGGAUUGAAUAUUACAUCGAAUCGGAUGUCGACGUGGAGGGAAUAACUUCAAAGUCAAGUCCGUUCAACAUCUAUUUGUACGGUGACACUGCAUCGCUUUUCGUUAUCUAUUUACCACUGCAUUUGCGUUAUCAUUCUCCCGGUCACAGCAGUUUCGUUAAAGUGAACCUGGAUCAUCCAGACUUGUUCGUGAAUUGUCAUGGUCAGACCCCGCACAACACAACCAACGAUGAUUCGGUCGUGGACCUAAAGUGUCGUAAGUCUCACGGUAACUGCAAAUGGUUGAAAAUUGACUACGAGAGCCAUUCGGAGCCAGUGACAAUGUCUGUUCCAAUUGGUUACUUGGAUUUUUCUACACUCGUAACAGGUGUCACCAUAUUGGUGAGCUGGAUCGGAUCUUAUUACAUUGCCAGAGCGAUAAGUCGGAAGGCAGCAGCACUUAAGAAUCGAUUGUAAGUCAUCGCAAUAAUAAACCGAAGAUGUGAGCUUUGCUGGCCA